CCAUCUUUGCGCACUGGAAGCCUUGCAUCAAAGGAGCCAGCCCCCUCUCCUCUGUCACUAGAAGUAGGAAACCAGAGCAUCAACCAAGCUCACUAGCAACAGGCGAGCCACGAUGGGUGCCAUAUCCUACUGGUCACCUUCCCAGGACAAGGCCAUGUUAAGCCAGCAAUCAGAUUUGCUCGCCGCCUCCAACGCCAGCCUUCUUGUGAGCUUAGCUACCAACAAGACCGUCGGCCAGCAGAUGCACGAUGCAAGUGCCGCUGGCCCCGUUGGGCCUAUCAGCUUCGAGACCUUCUCCGAUGGCCUCGGUAUGCCAGAUAACAAUCAGCACGACCUUGACAAGUUCAUGGCUCAGCUCAACUGUGCCGGUCCAGAAGGGCUGGCGGCUCUGAUCAAUGACCUCCAGGCCCGGGGCCGACCUGUGCACUAUGUUGUGAGCAACCCAUUCAUGCCGUUUGUUGUGGAUGUGGCUGAGGGCUUUGGCAUCCCAUGCGCGAUGCUCUGGAUCCAGUCUUGUGCUGUCUAUGCCGUCUAUUACCGAAGCCUCUACAGGCUUGGCGAGUUCCCGACACCGGAGAGACCAAACAUAGACAUCAGCCUUCGGGGGCUUCCUGUGCUGAAAACGAACGAGCUCCCGAGCUUCCUCGUGCCCUUUGCGCCAUAUCAGUGCUUGGCAGAUGCGAUAUUGUGCCACAUCAGGAAAAUCAAUAAGGUGAAGUGGGUGCUAGCGAACUCGUUCCAUGCACUCGAGACUGAAGCCAUUCGGUCCAUGUCGGAGCUCACACCGAUCAUGCCUGUGGGCCCGCUCGUGCCCUCGAAGCUGCUCGGCAAAUCCACAGCGUCCGAGAUGCAGGGCGAUCUGUGGAAGCCCGAAGAUGACUGCCUGAACUGGCUAAGCACUCAGCCCAGAGAAUUUGUAAUCUAUGUUGCCUUUGGGAGCGUUGUGAGCCUACCGCCAAAGCAAAUUGAGGAGUUAGCGUGGGGCCUCGCGAGCAGCGGACGGCCCUUCCUCUGGGUGGGAAAACCGGUUGCGAGCACCUCCAAGUUCCUGCUGCCAGACGGAUUCUUAGAUGCAACCGCCGGACGAGGCAAAGUCGUUAAAUGGUGCCCGCAGGUGGAGGUGCUGACCCACCCGGCCGUCGCCUGCUUCGUGACACACUGUGGAUGGAAUUCGACUCUCGAGACCAUCGCAGCCGGCACCCCCAUCUUAGCAUUUGCUCACUGGGGCGACCAAGUCACGAAUGCAAAGUUCUUGGUCGAUGUCUUCGGCGUUGGGGUCCGGCUCGAGCGCGAUGCAGAGGGAGUGGUCCGAAGAGACGAGGUUUGCAGGUGCAUAGAGGAGAUAAGGGAGGGGCCAAGGGCGUCCAAGAUGAGAGAGAAUGCGAUGAAAUUGAAAGAGGCGGCAAGAGAGGCGUUAGAAGAGGGGGGCUCCUCUUAUAAGAAUCUGAGGGUCUUUGUGGAGAACCUCAUGUCCUUGGCUCUUGAGGUACAGGCGAUCCGGGUUCGCUUGCCCGAGGACCAAUCACCCGACUAAUGAAUGGUUUGUUAUCUUAGUUUAUUAUCAAUUUCCUAUGUCAUAUGUGUUCCACUUUUAAUUGAUUUGUCUUGUAGUUUAAGAACUGGAACUUAGAAAUGAGCCUACGUAAUUAUAGGUGUUUUUUUUU